UCUCGUUUUUGUUCUGCUUGAUAAUAGAAGAUUUAUUUCGGGCUUGUUGCACAAGAUGGAUGACGAAAUCGUAAAUUUGAAGAUGAAGCUUUUGGAGAAAGAAGGAGAGCUGGCAGAUUUGAAGAGGAAACUUGAUCAAAUGGAAAAGGGAAAUUCAAGAUUAACAGUGUUGCACGAGUCAGUGACUGAUCUUCAACCGCUGAAAUCACAUACAACCUUGAGCAAUGAAGACAUCAUGAGAUACAGCAGACAGCUGCUCCUACCGGAGCUGGGCGUUCAAGGCCAGGUGUCCCUGUCAAAUAAAUCUGUUCUGGUGGUGGGAUGUGGAGGUUUAGGUUGUCCUCUUGCGCAGUAUCUCGCUGCAGCUGGAAUAGGCCGUCUGGGUCUGUUGGACUAUGAUGUGGUUGAGCUGAGUAACCUGCAUAGACAGGUGCUUCACACAGAACUGACUCUGGGUCAGCCUAAAGCCCUCUCUGCUGCCGGGGCCAUCAGCAGGUUGAACUCUGCGAUACAGUGUGUCCCAUAUCACCUGCAGCUGACCAGAGAAAAUGCCAUACAACUCAUUCAACAGUUUGACAUUGUGGCCGACUGUUCGGACAAUGUUCCUACACGAUACCUCGUGAACGAUGCCUGCGUUCUCACCGGCAAACCUCUAGUGUCGGCCAGUGCUUUACGAAUGGAGGGACAGCUCACAGUGUAUAACUACAGAGGAGGGCCGUGUUACAGGUGUUUAUACCCCUCGCCUCCUCCGCCCAACACCGUCACUAACUGCUCCGAUGGAGGAGUUCUGGGAGUGGUGCCUGGAAUUAUGGGCUGCCUUCAAGCUUUAGAAGUUUUGAAAAUUGCUUCAGCUUCAUUUGAGAAGCAGUUGUUGAUGUUUGAUGGCCAGGAGGGACGUUUCCGUUCCAUUCGGCUGCGGGCCAAGCAGGCCGGGUGUGCGGUGUGUGGAGAGACCCCUACAGUGACCCAACUGCAAGACUAUGAGCGCUUCUGUGGAUCCGCCGCCACCGAUAAGUGUCGCAGACUGAAUAUUUUGACCAAAGAACAGAGAGUCUCUGUGCAGGAGUAUAAGGAGAUUGUGGACAGCUCGACCCCUCACCUCCUGCUCGACGUUCGGCCCAAAGUUGAGGUGGACAUUUGCUGUCUGAAAACCUCUAUCAACAUUCCACUUGCUAGUUUGGAGGAGAAGAAAUCUGAACAGAUCUCACUGUUGAAGGAUCAAAUCUGUGAACUUAAACAACACGGGGGUAUCACAUCACAAGUCCCAGUGUUUGUGCUUUGUAAACUUGGCAAUGAUUCUCAGAAGGCAGUUCAGGUCCUAGAGAAGAUGUCUGGGAAAGAAAUCGAGCCGGUUACGCUGAAGGACAUCAGUGGAGGAUUAAUGGCGUGGGCUAACAAAAUAGACCCCUCUUUUCCUCAAUAUUAACUGCUAUUUUUUGUAUUGUAAAUGAUUUUAUGAAUAAAAUGUAUAAAGAUACAAUGAA